AUGUCCUCUCCCUCGUUCGACGAAGCCCAGAAACAGCGGGCUCGCGCUGCCAUCGUCGCCGCUGCUGUAGGCGAUGCGCUUGGUGCCAGCUACGCCACGAGUCCCGAACUGCUGGCCGCUCUAGGGGACGGACCCGUAACCUUCGCAAAGAGCCGGCAGUGGCGGGAAGGUGAAUGGACCUCCUCGACUACAAUGGCCGUGCCCGUUCUGAAAUGCGUGGCCAAGGAUUGGCAGGUGGAGCAAGAUGUCCAUCCGCUGAACCGGGUGGUGUCCGCAUGGCUUUCGGCGGACGGGCGCGACCUUGGCCCGCACCUCGUAAACAUCUUCGCGCGAAUGAAGCAACCGAACUUUCGCAAACUUGAAAUUGGAAACAGGCCCCUGAGCUCCAAGAUAUGGUACAUUACGGGCAUCGAAGAAGGAGAAAAGGGUUGCGACUACAGUAAUCGUGCUGUUGCGCGAUCGGUCCCCGUCGCCGUCGGGCACCUCGGCGAAGGGUGCGAGGCACAGCUCGUCAAGGCCGUGCGAUCCACGGUCUCCUUGACGCAGCAACAUGAAGAUGUACUCGAGGCCGCACAGCUGCUCGCGCUAGGGAUGCGCAGCGCGAUCCUCACGGGGAAUCUCGACUUGAAGGCGCAAAUCGGGCAUCUGCAUCGUGUCACACCAGAGCGCAAAGAGUUCUGGACACAGAAGAUCACGGAGGCGGAAAAGUCGACACCUGAGGCGUUCAAGGACACAAACGAGACGGCAAUCGGGGCGCUCCAGGCUGCCAUCGCUGCAAACGCGGGAGAGCCUGAUGUCAAGGCGAUACUCGAGCGAGCGGUUCGUGCAGGAGGUGACUGUGACCGCGUAGCGUGCAUCGCCGGCGCUCUCGCUGGAGCUCGCGGCGGAAGCGUCCCCGAUGAGUGGCGUGAGAAGGUUUGGGGUGAGCCCCUUCUCUAUCCUGGCAAAGCGGCGGAAUCCUUGGAGGCUUACGUCGAUCGAGCCCUCGCGAAACAGCUGCAGUAG